AUGCUCACCCAUUCAGGGCUGCUGGGACCUCAGGAGAUGAGAGGAUGCAGCGUUGUGAAACGGGGCCACGUGCUGUGCGUGGUGGUGCUGGUGCUGCCGGUGCGGUCCCUGGUGAAGCUCUACCUCCACCUUCUCACCGCGCUGCUGCUUGCCGCGGGGCACACGGCGGCCAGCCCGCUCCUCUUCCUCGUCUUCUGGCUGGUGCUCUUCUCCCUCCGGCUCUCCUCCUUCCUCACCUCCUCCAGCAGCCCCCUGGCCCAGCAGGGCCUCCUCUUCCUCCUCCUCAGCAGCGCGGCUGAGUGCUGCAGCACGCCCUACUCCCUCAUCGGCCUCACCUUCACCGUCUCCUACCUCGCCCUGGGCGUCCUCAACCUCUGCAAAUUUUACCUACUGGGCUUUGGCGCCUUCCAGAACGGCAACGUCAUGCACAGGGGGGUGACGGAGGGUGUGACGCUGCUGCUGCUGGCGCUGCAGACGGGGCUGCUCGACCUGCAGAUCCUCCAGCGGACCUUCCUCCUCAGCAUCAUCCUCUUCAUCGUGGUGACUUCCACACUGCAGUCCAUGAUCGAGAUAGCUGAUCCCAUCGUGCUGGCGCUGGGAGCCUCCCGCAACAGGAGCCCCUGGAAACAUUUCCGUGGCGUCAGCAUGUGCCUCUUCUUGCUGGUUUUCCCUUGCUUCAUGGCCUACAAGAUCGCCCACUUCUUCCACCUGGAUUUCUGGCUGCUCAUCCUGGUCUCCAGCUGCAUGCUCACCUCUCUGCAGGUGAUGGGCACCCUCUUCAUCUACGCCCUCUUCAUGGUGGAGCUGCUCCAGGACACGCCGCUGGAGCGGAUGGACGAGAUCAUCUACUGCGUGAACGCGGUGAGCCGGGUGCUGGAGUUCCUGGUGGCCGUCUGCGUGGUGGGCUACGGCACCUGGGAGUCCCUCUUUGGAGAGUGGAGCUGGAUGGGCGCCUCCGUCAUCAUCAUCCACUCCUACUUCAACGUCUGGCUGCGCGCUCAGUCGGGCUGGAAGAGCUUUCUGCUGCGCCGGGAGGCUGCCAAGAAAAUCAACUCCCUGCCCCGGGCCACGGGCGGGCAGCUGCGGGACCAUAACGAUGUCUGUGCCAUCUGCUUCCAGGACAUGCAGGUGGCCGUCAUCACCCCCUGCAGUCACUUCUUCCACGCUGCCUGCCUCCGCAAGUGGCUCUAUGUGCAGGACACGUGCCCCAUGUGCCACCAGCAAGUCACGCCGGUGGCCACUGAGGAGGAUCCUGGCAUCGGGAGAGCGGCUCAGCCAGCACCGGCCGGCGGGGACAAGGUGCCGGAGGACGGAGGAGCUGCCGCAAGCCCAUCCCCAGCUCGGCCCCAGGAGGACGGGCUGCCCGGAGCGGUCCCAGGCCAGGGGGACAGUGGGGCUUCCCGGGACGACAGGCCUGGGGACCUCAGCUCCCACCACCCCGCUCAUCCCGACACCUCCGCCCCCCAGGAGCGAGAAGCAGGUGCCAUCCCACAACCCCACGGGGACCCUCGCCCCAGUGUCCAGGACAUGCAGCAUCUAUCCCCCUCACCCACCAGCCCGGACCUUUUUGCCAGCCCCGAGCUUGACGCGAGGGACAGCGGGGACUGCCACAGCGCCCACUGCCCCUCCUAG